CCAACCUUUUGCUUGGGAGAGACACGCCGACACCACAUUCAAAAUGGCCUCUAUCAGCAACUGCGCUGGACGUGGAUCAAAAUGUGCGUAAACAGCACCCAGCCGUGGCUUUGCUCUUCAUACUUAACGGUAAAGGCUUCGGAGGCGCGAUGUCAUGAAUGUACUGGGCUGACAGAAUCGGUGGGUUAUAUAAGAUGAGAGCUAGUUUUGCAGCAAGCCCAGCCGAACCGGGGCGCCGCCGCUGCAGCAGGGCUUCAUCUGCCUUUCUGAACCACCAACACCUCCAGUGAGAUGGAAAGAGUGGAGGAUGCUGAUGAGCCGGGACUCGUACCAUCCAUCGAUGUCAACGACAACCGGGAGGAGUACAAAGCACGGGUUUGCGUUUCAGACCCCGAGCGAGCACGGGAGGCUUGUGUUUACAGUUCGGCAUACGCGAAUCCGGGCAGUGCUGGACUGCCGACUAUAUCCUCGGUGGUGGUGGGGUGCAGGGCCGGAGUAUUAAACGGGUUUCCCGAAGAGCUGGAGGUGGAUAUGGUGUGUCCGGAUGGAGAAGGAGAGGGGGGAACCCUGUCCAGCCCGGAUCGGGUUACAGGGACUUCCGAGCCCGAGUGCGUGGAAAAGCCCGACAAGGGUUAUUUAAAUUCCCAGCUGAGGUCUGCUGUGUCAUUUAUGGGUAAAAGCUCGCCGGAUAUGAAGACGCCUAAUGGAGAUGUUACCCAUGAACGCAUGGAUCGCGAUCAGACUCAUUUGAAGUGUUUGGAUUAUACGCAUGCAAAAGAAUUAAACAGGAAGGUGUCUGCUUUAGACAGGGGUGUAAAAGUGGGCAAUGGGGGGUUGUUGAUUGUGAACAGUUAUGACACCCUGUCUCAAGUCCCCUUUGGAGCCUUGGGUGGCCUUUCUGCUCCAGAAAGCCGUGUCUUUGUUCAUCAAAGCGACGGUGUCCUCUCCACUGGGAGGUCAUGUGAAAGGAUCAGUCGAGCCAGCACUGAGAGCUCAGAAGAGGCCCGGCCCUGUGACCCGGAUCCUGCGGACACCCUGUCAGAGCUCAGUGCCAAGCUGUCUUUGUCUCCCUUGGCAGAAAACACCAGUGAUUACACCGAGACUGACCCGAGCCCAGAAGAGGAUUUCAGUGACACAGGCCCGCCGCUCAGGCCCCAGAAUCUCCGGACUAACCCCGGUCACACAGUCUCUCUCAGCUGUGAUGCCACUCCUCUGAGCCCCGUGGAUGAUGAUGGGUAUUUUGGAGCAGAGGGCGGUGUGUAUGAGUGUCCCAGCUCUGGCGGCCGGCGACAGAGCGCCCCAGACAGGGUGACUGCUGACCCUGAUCCCUCAUCUGACCAGACACUUGGCACCAAGAGACACGGCAUCGCUGAGUUCCUGACCAGGAGUUUGUUUUCCUGGAAGCCCAAGGAGUCAAGGACCGCAGCAUCCCAAAGUACUCCAGGAUGGAAGCUGUUUGGGAAAAUUCCACUGCGGGACAACCCUACAAAAGACUCAAGAGCCAUCCAGCAGGAGUAUGAGUCCAGGGCGGGUCCCGCCACAGGACCACCCCCUUACCCUCAGCCAAUGAGACGCAAGAAUCUAGAGUUUGAGCCUUUAUCCACUACCGCUCUCAUUUUGGAAGACAGACCUGCAAAUCUGCCAGCUAAAUCAGAAGAGGAGUCUCAGAGACACCGACAGGAAUACAGUGAGAUGGUUGCAGGGGCCAAGAGAAGGGAGAUGAAAGAGGCACAGAAGAAAAAACGACAAAUGAAGGAGCGAUACCGACAGGAGGAGAACAUUGCCAAUGCCAUGGUGAUCUGGAACACAGAAGUCCUGCCUAAUUGGGAAAGCAUGCGUAACACACGGCGUGUACGUGACCUCUGGUGGCAGGGCGUCCCGCCUAGUGUGCGUGGGAAAGUCUGGAGCCUCGCCAUCGGGAAUGAGCUUAACAUCACCCCAGAACUCUAUGAGAUCUUCCUGUCCAGAGCCAAAGAGAAGUGGCGGAGCUUCAGUGAGACGAGUUCAGUUAAUGAAAACGAAGAUUGUGGCGUGUCGCUGGCAGACAGAGAGUCUAGUCUGGAUUUAAUCAAGCUGGAUAUUUCCAGAACUUUUCCCUCUCUCUACAUUUUCCAGAAGGGUGGACCAUAUCAUGAUAUAUUGCACAGUGUGUUGGGGGCGUACACCUGUUAUAGACCUGAUGUAGGCUAUGUUCAGGGGAUGUCCUUCAUUGCUGCUGUUCUCAUUCUGAAUUUGGAGGAAGCUGAUGCCUUCAUUGCCUUUGCCAACCUCCUUAACAAACCAUGCCAGAUGGCCUUCUUCAGAGUGGACCAUGACCUGAUGCUGAAGUAUUUUGCAGCGUUUGAGGUGUUUUUUGAGGAGAACCUUCCCAAACUCUUUCAGCACUUUCAGAACAACAGCUUGACGCCUGACUUUUACCUCAUAGACUGGAUCUUCACUCUGUACAGCAAGUCAUUACCGCUGGACGUGGCAUGUCGUGUUUGGGAUGUGUUUUGCCGAGAUGGUGAGGAGGCGUUAUUCCGGACAGGUCUGGGAAUUCUGAGGCUGUACCAGGAAGUUCUACUGCAGAUGGAUUUCAUCCAUAGUGCACAGUUCCUUUCCCGGCUGCCUGAAAACACUCCUGCACACACACUUUUCUCCUGCAUUGCAAACACACAGAUGAUCAGUAACAACCGCAGGUGGAGCCAGGUCUUCUCCGCUCUGAUGAAAGAUGGACUCAAAGAAACUGACAAAAGUAGCAGCAGCAACAACAGUCCUGCCUUAAGAAGCUAACAGCUGACUCUCUCCCAGAGGAAGUGAUGAUGUUUCUGAGACUCGUCAGAGAUGGCGGUCAUCACUCUGCACUUUGACCUCUGCAGUGUGCCUGAGGAGGACCCGAACGUCUGAGGGACAGCUCAGGCUCAGCUCCGGUGUGCUGACUGUCCUGUUUGAAGAAUCUCAUAAUGGAACCCGUGUCCUGUGGAAGGGAACAUUUCUUAACUUGCGCUCGUGAGCGCGUUUGUGCAUAUAUGUUUGUGUAAGAAUGAGCCUGAGAAAUGUGAGUCAGGUGACCAUAUAAUGUGCCAACUUUGUCAAUGUUACUUUUGUAAUGUUUUGACUAUAAACAAACUAAUCAGAAGCAUUAACACAGACACACACACACAGACACACAGACAGGUCAGCGCCAUAUGAUUUGAACACUCCCUUUCCAGUAGAAGUGAACCAGCGGUAGGCCCUCUGUCUCACAAACACACACACACACACAAAAACCUGCAGUAGCCUUUCAUUAGCACAUGCCAAAUCUGUCAUUAAUGUGUUUGUUGGGCUGUUUCUCUCUGUUUAUCUGAAUUCAGCCUGUUUGUUAACAUAUUUGCCUGUGACAGCAGGCAUAGAGCCUUUGAACUUUUUGAGCAUCCUCAGUAUUUCCCAAAAACACAGACCUGGAGACCAAAAUUGAUAGUUCAUGUAACAGUAUCUACAGGUGCUGUCAUAUAUUAGCACUCCAGAUUUUAUGCUUUACAUAUAAAAACAUUCAGCUAUAUUAAUUUAAAUAAAAGCACACUUAUAUAACAUGUACACACACUAACCAACCAGCAGCAAACAAGAUCAGCUUUCAACUUCUGCACCUUCAACUACACUCCAAAUUAAUGAACCUUGACAUUUCCAGAUUUUCAGUUAUUUAAUGUCUUUUUUUUUUUUUUUAAUUUAAGAAUCAUUUCUUGUGCUUUUUUUCCUCUCGUUUUUAAAUCUUCCUCGUUGUACAGUUUUCUUAUGUAACAGUUGCUAAUGUACAUUUCUGGUGUGAGGGCUCUAGUGUAGAUGUGGAAAAAUCUCAGUAUUGAAGA